CCUGAUAAGAAAGAAAGAAGGCCGAGACGAGUAAAUACCGUCAUGUAAUGUUAAAGAUUUAAUUGACUGUGCAUACAAUGGGUAAAGGAUAGAUCAAGGUUCGGUGACUCGAAGUCAGGAGUCAUGGGUCCACAGCAGCACGUUGGAACCCUCCACAAAUCUGUCUAUCCAUCAGCUCCCUUUUCCAGAAAGUAGUAGAAGAUGCAGCCGUAGCCGUAGUAGGAUGGCAGGAUCAGAAUGGGUACCGGUGUUCCUCAAAAGGAGGCGACUCAGUAAGCUCUUUCCAACAAGAUGGAGCGCAGCGGUGUUCUUAGCCUACAUGAUCUUAUUCAUCAAUCAAGGAAUCCUGGUGACUGCCAGUCGGAAGGCGGACAACACUUACCCCUACAACACCGUUACCGUGGUGAUGAUCACAGAGAUCUUCAAGCUGAUGGUGGCCUCAAUGAUAUAUGUUAAAGACAACUCGUUUCAGGAAGUGCUAAGAGUCAUUGCUAAGGACAAGAAAGUAUUACUGCUGUACUUGGUGCCGGCAUCGCUGUACUGUCUGUACAACAACCUCCAGUUUGUGAACCUUGCCGUGUACGACCCCACCACCUACUACCUGCUGCUGCAGUUCAGGGUCGUCACCACUGGGAUCGUCUUCCAGGUUCUGUUCAAGAAGACACUGAGUAGGAUGCAGUGGCUGUCACUGCUGCUGCUGACUAUUGGCUGUGUAGUUAAACAGAUCAAGCACGACACCCACAUGAGAGACGUGGUGUCGUUUGGCGGCCAGUCCCUCAGUCUGCACCUGAACGCCAACCUGUUACACAUCCUUCUCCAGGUGUUCUGCUCGUGCUUUGCUGGUGUGUAUACGGAGUUCCUUUUGAAGGGAGAGAAGACCAGCCACGUGCCGCUCAUGAUGCAGAAUGUCUUCAUGUACCUGGACUCUAUCAUCUGCAACAUGUGUGUACUGGCCUAUACUGGCGACCUGCUGUCUGCUUUCACUACAGAGAGCAUCAACUCCAUACUUCAACCAACCGUCAUUCUCGUCACCCUCAACCAAACAGCCAUAGGCAUCAUCACUAGUCUGUUCCUCAAGAGUCUCAACUCUAUACUCAAGACUUUCGCCAGCGCACUAGAACUCAUGUUUACUGCAGUCUUGUGCUGGUACAUCUUUGGCAUUCCAGUUGACGUCUUUACUUUCAUUGCCAUUGUCAUUGUCUGUCUGGCCACCUUUCUCUAUUCUCUGAACCCUGUUGUCAACCCAGCUCCAAGUAGACAAACAAAAGACUCUGACGCGACACUUGCAAGCAAACAAAAUGGAGUUGGGGUGUAGUUUUGAUAGUUAGUCUGAAGCAUUACACUUUGAGUUUUAACCAGAAUUCACUUCCACAGACAGUAGAGAGCCUGAGGAGGAAGGAGUGAUGUUAAGGGGGAAGUAGGUUUGGAGUCUGGGGGACAGAAGAGAGGGGCACUGGGGAUAGGGAGUGAGGGUGACACUGUCUAGAUCUCUGGUUAGAAGGAAUGGAGCCAUGAAAUGUAAGGGAGGGAACAGUAGAGUGUGUGGGAGCAAUGGAACUUUG